AGUUCCUAGUCGUUGUUUCAGCUCUUCUCAGACUUCCGGGAAAAUGGCGGCGUCCUGGAGAGCGGUUUGGGGGUAUCUUGCCUGCGGUUUUGGGAGGAGGUGGGCGUCUGGGCUGAGCCCGUUCAAGAACUCCAGGCGCGGGGAGGGCCGUUGGUUCGUAGCCGCUGCUCUGGUCGGAAGUGGGGCAUUGGUGGCCUCCUCCAGAAGAUGGAGCGGGCAGGAGGGAAGAAGCGGCGGCGGCGGCUUCAUGACAGUCCUGGCUCAGAAAGAAGAGGAUAUAGAUGAAGACAUGGCGGAAAAGCUUUCCAUACGAAAGAAACGUUUCCUGCAGUUUGCUUCUUUGGAAUAUGAAGGAGAAUAUUACAUGACCCCAAGGGACUUUCUGUUUUCAGUGAUGUUUGACAAAUCAGAACGUAAAACUUUGGCCAAGAAACUGACAAAAAAGGAAGUAGAUUCUGCACUAGCAAAUGUAUCAAAGGCUAAACCAGGGCCAACCUUUUUUAGAGACCUUGGCGAUAAAGGAUUGAUCUCCUACACAGAAUACCUGUUUUUGCUGACAAUACUUACAAAGCCACAGACUGGAUUUCACAUUGCUUUUAAAAUGUUGGAUGCAGAUGGGAAUGAACAAGUAGAGAAAAAGGAAUUCUUUAAGCUUCAAAAAAUAAUUGGAAAGCAAGAUGAAUUUAAAACAGCUUCAGAAGAGGCACUAUCUUUGGAGCCAGAAUUGGAAGAUUCUGAUAUUAAUACCAUGUUGCUGGUCCACUUCUUUGGAAGAAGAGGGAAAGAAAAGCUUCAAUAUUGUGAAUUCCACAGAUUUAUGCAAAAUUUACAAACAGAGGUGCAAGAAAUGGAAUUCAUCCAGUUUUCCAAAGGUCUGUCCUGCAUGAGAAAAGAGGAUUUUGUAGCAUGGCUUCUAUAUUUCACCGAGGAGGAAAACAAUGACAUUUACUGGCAAAAUGUGAAAGAGAGAAUCCAAGCAGGAGAGUGUAUAAAUUUGGAGGAAUUCAAGACUUUCUGUGAGUUUACAAACCGCCUAGAAGAUUUUUCAAUUGCCUUGAAAAUGUUUACUGUAGCCAACCGUCCUGUCAAACGGGCUGAGUUCAAGAGAGCUGUGAAAGUGGUUACAGGAGAGGAACUUUCAGAAAAUGUUAUGGACACCAUCUUCAAGAUCUUUGAUUUAGAUGGAGACAACUGCCUCAGCCAUGCAGAGUUCCUUGGAGUUCUCAAGAACAGGAUGCAUCGAGGCUUAAGGGUUCCUCAACAGCAAGGAGUCCAAGGUUACUGGAAAUGUGUGAAAAGAGAGACCAUUAAAGGAGCAAAAGAAGUCUGGAAACAAACAGGGAAAAGUCCUUUCUAAACAUAUCCAUAAGAACUUAACUGUACUAUAAUUCUGAGUUGCUUCUUUUUGUGUGCAUUUUUGUUGAUCUACUGGCUAUAUUACAUACAGAGCAAUCACUUUAUAUGAUUAAUUGUACAGAUACAUUUUUUCAUUGUAAUUUGAUGGAAUUAAUCAGUAUAAUAAGAUUUGCAGAUUUGCUUGGGAACUAUUUCAAUUUGUAGCUUUUAUAAGAAGUGUUCAAAUUCCAGGGGGUACUGAAGUUCUCUGAAACUAUUAAAAUAUUCUAGAAAUUGCUAGUUCAAGUACAUUCUAUAAAGAAGGCAAGUGUCAUUAACUUUACUGGAAGACCUAAAAUGCCUUUUGUGCUUAAGAAUAAAAAUGCAUGAAGUUUAUAACUCCAAAAGGAAUUAUGGAAGUCCAAACUCACUUGAAAACAGUAUAAAUAGAAUCCUCGUAUCAUUGAACAGUGUUCUCAUGAAUUAUAUUAGCUCUGAUUUCAGGAUUUCAGCAUUUAUACAUUGAAUGCAUAUUGUGAACAAAAAGGUAAUCUUCUGCUUUUAGAAUACAAUACUUUGUUGGUAUUAGAAAUCUCUCUUCCUAGGAAAGAAUAUCUUUAAAUCAUUUGUAUAUUCCUGUAAUAUGUAUGAAUUUUUUUGGCUGUUUUGUUCACAGCUGGGUUUACAUCUUUCACACCAAGCCGGAAAUGCAAAUACAACUGUUGACAUAAGCCAAAAAUUGUAAAUUGUGCGAAUAUGUAUCAAUUAGAUGCUCAUUUAAGAAAUUAAAGAAAGGAGGUCCCAGCUGUGACUAUAAAUGCCAUGGCUUUUGGCCUUGCUUAUUACUAAACUUCUACCAGGAUAUAA